CAUCUAGAUAUUUGCAAGUAGUACACAAGAUAUUAUAUUCCUUUUUACAAUUCAAAAGAUUAUGUAAUAUGUGGAUGUGACAAUGUAAUGUGUGGCUACAACACUCAAAAAAUACGGGCACCUUACCACAUCUAUCCGCCAAAUUAUGGCAACAACAACUUGCUUCCCUCCUUUGACAAUCCAAAUACACCAACACCAAAAUCUUCCCACAUUCAAACUCAAAAUUCAACAACCAAAUCAUAAUCAAUUCACCAUUGAUGAAACUAAGCGAAUCCAUGCUCACUUUCUAAAAACCCACUUCAAUUAUUCUCAUGAAAUUCAUCCUACAAUUCCAUUAUAUUCAACCUCGGCUGCUCGAUAUAAUUUCCUCAUAACAUCUUAUAAUAAGAAUAAUCAACCAAAAUAUGCACUAAAUAUAUAUGCCCAAAUGAGAGAAAUGAACAUUGAAAUUGACAGUUUUUUUAGUUGCUUCUCUUCUAAAAUCUUGUGCACAGGUUGGUUGUGUUUUUCCUGGUAGAGAGAUUCAUGGGUUUGCUCUAAAAAAUGGGUUAGAUUUUGAUGUUUUUGUGGGGAAUACUUUGAUUCAAAUGUACUGUGAAUGUGGGUUUCUGAGUUCUGCACGGCUCGUGUUCGAAAAACUGAUGAAAAGAGAUGUUGUUUCUUGGAAUACAAUGAUUAGGGGAUAUGUUAAGCACAGGGUGUUUGAUGAAGCUCUGAGAAUGAUCAGAGAAAUGCAGUAUAAGUUAGUGAAGCCGAGUGAAAGUACGAUGAUUAGUAUUCUAAAGCUUCUGGCAGAUGUUGGGAACAAGGAGUUGACAAAGCCCAUGUUUGCUUAUGUGAUCAAGAAUAGCAACAUGAAUCAUUUAGGAGCUAAUUUGACUACUACUCUGAUAGAGAUGCAUGCUAAGAGUGGGAGUGUAGCUGUUGCGCGCUCCCUGUUUGAUAGACUAAACGAAAAGAAUGUCUACGCUUAUACAGCAAUGGUUGCAGGCUACAUUCGUUGCAAUGCUGUAGAGGAGGGUGUAAGACUUUUUGGGCAGAUGAUAGAAGAUGGGAUUUUACCAAAUGAAGUCACUCUGGUGAGUUUGAUUGCAGAAUGUGGAACAGAUGAGGCUUUGGACUUAGGAAAGCAGCUGCAUGGUUAUGUUAUCAGAAAUGGUUUUGUCAUGACUUUACCUCUGGCUACUUCUCUGUUAGAUAUGUAUGGUAAAUGUUGUGAAAUCAGUAGUGCACGGACGAUUUUUGAUAAAAUGGAGAGAAGGGAUAUUAUGACUUGGACAGUCCUCAUAUCAGCUUAUACUCGAGGUAAUUGCAUUGAAAAGGCGAUUGAUCUCCUUGUUCUAAUGAGAGAAAGCAGUAUAAAGCCUAACCAGGUAACUAUGGUUAGCCUAGUAUCAUUCUGUGCAGAAUCAGGUGCACUUGACUUGGGAAAGUGGAUUCACGCGUACAUAGAUAAGCAGAGGAUAAAUAGAGACAUAGUACUCAAUACUGCUCUUAUUGAUAUGUAUGCCAAAUGUGGUGAUAUAACUACAGCCUACAGGCUGUUUGAAGAAGCUACAAAUAGAGAUAUAUGCAUGUGGAACUGUAUGAUAUUGGGGUUCGGUAUGCAUGGUUUCGGUGAGAAAGCUUUAGAGCUCUUUACUAAAAUGGAAAAUUUGCAGAUCAAACCAAAUGAAAUUACAUUCAUCGGAUUGCUUAGUGCUUGUAGUCAUGCAGGUUUGGUAAAAGAAGGAAAGAGGGUUUUCGAGAAAAUGAAGAAUAAGUAUGGCUUGUUACCAAAGAUUGAGCACUAUGGUUGCAUGGUGGACCUUUUAGGGAGAGCAGGUUUGCUUCAUGAAGCAUAUGAUAUUGUACAAACCAUGCCAAUGAAACCUAAUGUAGUCGUAUGGGGUGCUCUACUCGCCGCUUGCAAGGUUCAUAAGGACCCAGACCUGGGGGAAUUAGCCUCUUUGAAGCUGCUUGAAAUCGAUCCUGAAAGCUGCGGUCAUAAUGUUCUCAUCUCCAAUAUCUAUGCAACAGAGAAGAGAUGGAAGAAUGUAGUGAGUGUGAGAAAAGCCAUGAAAAACAGAGGAAUGAAAAAGGAACCGGGAAUCAGUUGUAUCGAGGUAAAUGGUGCAGUGCAUGAGUUCACAACAGGAAUUCAGGCACACGCACAAUUUGGAGAAAUUGAUGAUAUGCUCAGGGAGAUGCUCUGCAAACUGGAGGCAGCUGGUUACAAGCCAGAUACUUCUGUAGUACUGCUUAACAUAGAAGAGAAAGAAAGAGAGAAGUCACUUAAGUAUCACAGUGAGAAGAUUGCCAUGGCUUUUGGCCUUAUUAACACAGCUCCCAGUACUCCUAUUCGGAUUGUAAAAAAUCUAAGGGUUUGUGACGACUGCCAUACUGCUACAAAACUCCUCUCCAAGAUCUAUAAGAGGACCAUCAUAGUUAGGGACCGUAUUCGCUUCCACCAUUUCUCAGAAGGAUCUUGUUCUUGUGGUGACUACUGGUAAUGCAUUACAAAAAGAAAUAGGGAAAGAU